CCCGUCGGAGAAGUGCUUCCACCAAUAAUCAGAAAGUGGUGCCACGUAUGAUAAAGAAAAGUGAUUGGCUGAGACUGUGGUGAGGAUUGCAGCAAUGGCCACAGGAUUUGCAUCUUCCUUAAUCUCAUCUUCCCCACACAUUGCAACCUUCCUUUCUUCUUCUUCUUCUUCUUCUUCUUCUCUGCACUCAUACCACUCUCUCAGAACAACCACUCUUCCAACUCUCUCAUCUAACUCCCCCAUCACAACCCCAUUCAAAAAAUCCAUCCUUUUUCACAACCCACUCCGACCCAUUAUUCUUCUUCCUCCUCCUGCCGCCGCCGAAGAUGUUAUCUCUACGGCGGAAACAGCGGCGGAUGUUGUGGAGCAGUUGUACCCAACCACCGAUAAAGGGGUGGCCACAGUCGUCUCAGCCCUUUUCUUUCUGGCUUUCGUUGGCUUAUCCGCUAUCACUAUUGGGGUGAUUUAUUUAGCAGUAGUGGAUUUCCUGCAGAAGAGAGAGAAAGAGAAGUUUGAGAAGGAAGAAGCAGGUAAAAAGGGGAAGAAGAAGAAAAAGAAGGUUGUGGGAAGAGCCAGAGCUGGACCCAAAGGAUUUGGACAGAAGCUUGUCGAAGAGGAGGAGGAGAAGGAUGAUUAAGAUAACAAACACCACGCAAUAAAAAUCAUUUCAGGUCAUCUUUCCUUGCAUUCAAAUCCAAUUUUACUGUCACCUUUUUAAGUUUUCACAGAGCGAUUUUCAUCUUUCAAAACAGACAUGUUUUGACAGAGUAAUUUAGGUUGUUGUUCCAUUAGUUAAAGAAAUUCAUUGCAACAUAUCUUUUGAGGA